AGACACAGACAUGUUUCAGAUUGGGCGUUCCACUGAGAGUCCCAUAGACUUUGUGGUGACUGACACAAUAGCCGGAGGCCAGGAUGGAGAGGAGACUCCCAUCACGCAGAGCACCAUCUCCCGUUUUGCCUGCCGAGUUGUCUGUGAGCGAAACCCGCCCUACACUGCUCGCAUCUACGCGGCUGGUUUUGAUUCUUCCAAAAACAUCUUCCUCGGGGAAAAAGCCGCAAAGUGGAAGAACCCUGACGGUCACAUGGAUGGACUAACAACCAAUGGCGUGCUGGUAAUGCACCCUAAGGGUGGCUUCACGGAAGAGUCAAAGCCUGGCGUAUGGAGAGAGAUCUCUGUUUGUGGGGAUGUUUACACACUAAGAGAGACCCGCUCAGCACAGACCCCAGGCAAACUGGUGGAGAUUGAGAGUAAUAUACUUCAGGACGGCUCCCUGGUGGAUCUGUGUGGAGCCACUUUGCUGUGGCGUACUGCAGAAGGCCUCUUUCACACUCCCACCCAGAAGCAUCUGGAGGCUCUCAGGCAGGAGAUCAACGCAGCGCGGCCCCAGUGCCCCGUAGGUCUGAACACGCUCGCCUUCCCCAGCAUGCAACGUAGCCGAGCCCUCUCCUCUCUGGAGGACAAGCAGCCUUGGGUCUACUUGGCCUGUGGCCACGUGCACGGUUACCACAACUGGGGCCACCGUUCAGAGCAGGAGCCCAACACUCAGCGAGAGUGUCCCAUGUGCCGGGUGGUCGGGCCUUACGUACCACUGUGGCUGGGCUGUGAGCCAGCCUUCUACGUGGACACAGGUGCGCCCACGCAUGCCUUCGUGCCAUGUGGACACGUGUGUUCGGAGAAGUCGGUCAAGUACUGGGCCGAGAUCCCUCUGCCCCACGGCACCCACGCCUUCCACGCUGCCUGCCCUUUCUGUGCCACCGAGCUCGGCCUCACUCAGGGCUGUUCCAAGCUAAUCUUCCAGGGCCCGGUGGACUGAGCUGAAGGGUCCCACUCUGGCAGAGAAGAUUAGACAGGAAUGCCAACAUGCUGUGAAACUGUUCAGAUUAUUUUGUGCUGUCUUUUGUUCAUGUAAGCCAGCUGUGGAAAGGAGUGUCUUCUCAAGUUCUGGUCAUAUACUGUGGAUUCUGCACAACAGAGAGCUAUUACAGAUUGUUCAGGGCCUCUUGACACUGUUUGGAUGGCCACUAUGGGAUACAGAGAUGCGGAGCACACUGAACCACCGAUGCCUGGCUCCUCCAGAAUGAAAUACUGUCUCACCUACCGCUUUAAACAAGACUCCAGCGCUGGGCUGUUUUAAACUACAAUGACUGCUGGUUUUCCAUUAGAGGGCCAUAGAAUUUAAAGUUGUAGAAUUUUAUUCAUGAACCAGAUAACAGUUGUGUAGUUGGGUCUGUUGGGAAUGAAAAGGGGGCGGGGGUUAUAGUUCAAUUCCUGGUGGGUCUGAGACAAAGUUUUUACAGAGCCAGACAGCUGGACUGUUGGCUGGGAGAAAAGCUAGGAGAAACUUGGGGUCUAAUGGCUGACUAGUUAAGUGCUCCCUGUCUCCCUCUCUUCCCUGAACCCCUGAUGGCAUCUAGAUCAUGUAGCUGUCCGGAUUUGGCUUUCAUUUGCUGAACACACUUUAAGGAGGGGGAAAUACUUUUUGUGUAUAGAGAUAUAAUCCAGUGCCUCAAAUCCCAUUUAAACUGUGGGAAUAUUUUUCAUAAAUGAGAAAAGAUAUUUUGUUGAGGGCAAAGGGAGAGAGAUUUUUGCAUACAGAAGACAUAAGGAAAUGAUAGCCCACACGGAUUCUUCUCCACAUUUUUAUCUGAAGAAGUAUUUUAUUACACUGGGGCCCUUGUACUGUUUUGUAAUGUAAAUGUUAAUAUAUUUUUCUCCUGCAUAAAGUGUGUGUGUGUGUGUGUGUGUGUGUGCGCGCGUGCGGGCUUUGUUUAAAUCACCCUGCAUCAUUUCACCCCAAUCCCCUUUCUAUGAUCUCGCCCACCACCCAAAAAACGCUACCGGAGAGAACACAGGAAUUAAACCAAUAUCGCAGGGUUUGACAAUGAAUGUACUGAAAUACAUCGAAUCCUCACUGGUGGUGCUUCAAUUAUACAACUUUCUCAGUGGCUGUUAAAGGUAUAGGUAUGCCUAUUUGCAGUGAAAGACAACAUUGGAGCUGUACUACCAAUAUGCAUCAACCGUACCUGCUUCCUAGCUUGCUUGCUAGCUAGCUAGCUGUGUCCCUGCCCCACACACAUGUACUGUAUUCAAUCUGCACUGUUGUUAGCUUUAUCCCAUGCUGGGUCUGAUCCAAUGAUUUAUACGCUGUCAAACCUGGGCACAGUCUCAGCAGCAUCUAGAGAUUAUACCAAAUAUAAGAAGGAGCUGUUUUCUCUCCACAUGCAAGAUGUAACGACCACUCUCUCCAAUCCAAAGUGUUUCUGUAAACAAUCCUAAACCCAAACUGCUGCUAUGGUGGAGUGUUGACAGCUCUGGAUUACAGUCGAGGCUGUUCAGUUGCUCGCAACCAGCUCCAUGGGAAUAAUGAUAUUAUCGCACACCAUGCCAAAUUUGGAAAAUUCUAUUGUGUGUGUGUGUGUGUGUGUGGAUGAGUCAAGCUGUCCAAAACAAAGUAGCAGAUGAAUUGAAACUAAAGAAUCUGGGACGAAUCUGUACUUUCUUCUGUGAUGUUAGCUUAUCAGACUGUGCCCAUAUGUAGAGUGUAGCUGAAGGCAUUAAUUCUGCCACUAAUUCAAAUACGAUAUUGAGCAUUAAAAUAACGAGAUGUUGAGGGUUAACUGUC